UAGUUCAGACUGGCGUCUCGCUGCAGGUCGUCCGUGGAACUUCAGGAGGUGACGGCGCUGAACGUUCAGGCUCUGCGCAGGCUGCACCAGUCGGUGUUCCCCGUGCCCUAUGGGGAGGCGUUCUACCAGCAUGCGCGCAGAGCUGGCCCACUCGCCCGUGCCGCGUACGUGCAGGGUGCGAUGGUGGGUUCCGUCUGCUGCCGAUGGGACACGAGUGAGAAUCUCCGCCGCCUGUACAUCAUGACGCUAGGCACGCUGCCCACCUACAGGCGUCUUGGCAUUGGCAGUGCCCUACUGCGCUACGUGCUGGGAUUGUGCGAGGCGGAGUGUGGGGAGCGGGUGGUGAGCUCCGUCUACCUACACGUGCAGGUUGGAAACGAGGACGCUCUGUGCUUCUAUGGCCACUUUGGGUUCCGUGUGACGGGAAAAGCUCGCGGAUACUACCCUCGCCAGCAGCACACAGACGCCUGGGUGCUGGAGAGGACGUUCGCCGACUCGUGAUGCCAGGCGGGGUGACGGGGGCGCGCACAGUGAGGAGGCCGUCACGCGUGAGGGAGGAGGUGACGCUCUCUGGGUCGGUGCUGUCGGGGAGGCGGUAGCGUCGGUGCAGCUCCCGGGAGACCAGCGCCUGCCCGUCCUGCAAGUGCGCGGGAACGAGACGGGUCGCGCGAGGAACGCACGGAGAUGUGAGGAGAGACGGGCACUUUUUAAAUCCUUUAUAUUAAGUUCGCUUGCUUGCGCGCUUAGGACCGUGCAAAUCUUUCGGUCGUUUUUUAACCCACUUCCCGUGAUCCAAUCGAGCUGACAUUUUGCACACAGACUCGUUGUGCGUGACAAUUAAUGUUCGUGAAAUUUUUUUCUCCAAAAUUUUACACUUUUUAGGACAAAAAUAUUAUAUUUAAUUACCAAUUGCUUAAUGGUGGCAGGCAAUCAUCUGACCCAUAGGUGGCAGCCAUCUCAAGCCAGAGGACGAGAGGACUCUAGCCGCCACGCAUAUAAAGGAUUUAUAGUGAAAAACUUUGUUUUUACGGGUUAAUUUUUUUAACUUGCGAGGGAGGCAUAGACGGUGUCGCCUAAGUUGAGGGACACGAGGAGAGAAUGGGUGAUGCUGUUUGCGAGAGAUAGUGAAGAUGUGAGCUGGGACCGUCAGUACUGUAUUGCCAGGGUGAUGCAGGCACCAUCACUUGGGAGACACAGGAAGGCACAGGAAGUAUUACUUUGGAGAGAGGCAAUAUCCAUACUCUUUGGUUCUAUAUCAGCAGGGAGACACGGGCAGUAUCAAUCGAGAUCAGGAUGUCUGUGGAGAGGGUGUCAGUGGGUGUGCGUCGGGGUGUGACUGAAUGUGUGUGCACAUAUGUUCAUUUUUACAUCACAAGGGUUUGAGCUUAGCCCAUGUGAUAGUUAAUGAUAUACUUUUUUAUGAAAAUAAAAUAAUUGCCUAUAAAUUGACUUGAGAGUAGUUUCAUAUGUAUAUUGGGGCAGUGCCAAUGUGUCCCUCUCGUGUAUGUGUACGUUUCUGUGUUGUGUAACCGUGGUUUGUGGGAAUGUGUGUGUGUAUAUAUAGUGAUGCGUAUGUGUGUCAUGUUGUGUGGAUGCUGUGUAGUGGUGCAUGUGAUGUGUGCUCUGUGUAGUGUUGUGUGUAGUAUAUGUGGUAAGAGUGUUUAUAGGCUGACGGUGUAUGUGUGGGGAGGGUUGUGUAUCUGGGGAGGGUUGUGUGUAGUUAAGAGUACAGUGAUCCCUCGUUUAUCGC